GCCAUUUUGAGAACACCAAGGCCAUCCUCGCAGCGCAAAAACCUAGACUCCUGCUCCCUGAGGAGAGAGGGAAACCCCGAAUUUAAAAUGUCUGCGCCUGCGAACCUCCCUCAUGGCGAGCAGGAUGAUGUAUCAGGCGAAGCUCUCAUCACGUCCUCGGACCCGGAGCACCCAGCAAAUCUCAUUCCGGAUCUUUGCCGCAACUUCUAUAGCUUAGGAUGGGUGACGGGUACUGGUGGCGGCACGUCCAUUCGUGACACAAGCACGGGCAACAUCUACAUCGCGCCCAGCGGUGUCCAAAAGGAACGUAUGAAGGCUACUGACCUCUUUGUUCUGGCUUACCCGGCCAAAAAGUACCUCCGCAAACCGCAAAACCUUAAACCUUCUCAAUGCACGCCGCUUUUCCUAGCUGCGUUUGACCGCGGAGCCGGCUGCUGCAUACACACCCAUUCUCAGUGGGCCGUCCUUAUCACAUUGCUUGUAGAAAAGCAGUUUGGACCUGAUGCUUGCUUCGAAAUUGAGCACCUCGAACAGAUUAAAGGCAUCGCAAAGGGUAGAGGCAAGCCGGGUGCUCUAAGUUACUGGGACCGGUUGCGUGUACCGAUCAUUGAGAACACUGCACACGAGGAGGAUCUGACAGAGAGUUUGGAAGCAGCCAUGGAAAAAUUUCCCGACAGUUAUGCUGUGCUGGUGCGAAGGCAUGGCGUGUAUGUGUGGGGCGAUAACGUGCACAAGGCGAAAACUAUGUGUGAAAGCUUCGAUUACAUCUUUCAGCUCGCGGUGGAGAUGCAUAAACUGGGCCUGCCGUGGGUACGGGAUGACAAGUCCGGACUGGUAGAGGGAUGAGCAACUCCAGGCACGGUUACGGCUACAAAAAGAUUUCUAAGGGCGGGCAUGUUAACAACUGCGUUCACGAAAAUCAUGGCAGAAGAUGAGAAAACCACAGAAAGCGGUAGAAGGUAAGAAGCAAUUCGCUUGUCAUGAACCUAGGCCUGUUGAUUUAUCCACGAGCACAUACAAUGAUCGUACCCCAUUGGGUUGAGAUUGUGGGCUCUCGCAUUGCCUCCAAAGCAAACCCUUUGUGCACAUGCGGCCCUUUUCCUUUCCAACGCCAAACUUGCUAGCUAAUGUAGCCCCACGGACAAGUUCGCGAACGAAGUACCGGCCUCCUAAAUGGCCCCAAAAUGCACAGGACCUGAAAGAACCUAGAUGUGAAGGAUAGCUAUGAAAAGCCCCCUGCAGCAAAAUAAGCUGCAAAAAUGUACAACUCCGAAUGCGAGAUGGGAAAUAUGAUCCCUAGCACUUGUUAACUAGAUACUGUUCCAAGAUCGAGAAGAUAUGAGGUACGAAAGCAGCUCCAAGUAGCUGCUCUUGCGAAGCCGGGCGCAAAGAUGAAGGCAAGGAAAGAGCUUUGACGCCUAAGCUGCUGCCUGCUCCACUUGCGCCACUGGCUCUGCUGAUUUUGUCUCUGGA